AUGAAGUCCACCUCCGUUCUUGUGGUGGUUGCGAUAGUUCUGGCCUCCUUCGCAGCUCUGCCGCCGGCCGAGGCUGCCAAAGGGCUCGACGUCUCCCUGCAGGACUGCGCUUCGAUCACUCCGGCCCAGUGGCGCUGCUUGAGGGAGCAGGAGGGCUUUUCGUUUGCCAUCAUCGAAGCCUGGAACGGCGGCUUCCAGCUCAACCAAAAGCUGGCCUACUGCGUGAGCAACGCUUGGGCUGCUGGGUUUGCGCAUGUCGACAUCGUACACUACUACGCGUUCCUGUGUCCCAACUGCGGCGGCAACAACCCGCCCGCGAACGCCGUGAGCGCAAUCGACAACUACCUGAAGAGCAACAACGUCCAGUACGGCCAGCUCUGGUUCGACAUUGAGCAGUGCACGGGGUGCUGGAACGACGACGCGUCCAACUUUGCGUUCAUCAAGCAGGCCGUGGCGUCGGCCCAAAGGCUGGGGAUGAGCGUGGGCAUCUACUCCUCCGACUACGAGUGGGGUGCAACCGUCGGUGCGAGCACUCGCGGGUUCCCUGGGCUGCCGCUGUGGUACGCCCACUACGACAACAUGCCCUCGUUCAACGACGCCUGGGCCUACUCGUUCGGCGGCUGGACGCGUCCCGCGAUCAAGCAGUACUAUGACCGCGACAGCGGCGCCUGCGGCGUUACCAACAUCGACCUCGACUGGUACCCCGACAACUGA